AUGGGACCACCAACUCGUGGUCGUGGGGGUUAUGGUGGCUUCCGCCCGGGUUACGGUGUUACCAACAACCGGGCUGCUAUGUGCUACAAGUGCGGUGGACCGAACCAUUACGCUCGAGACUGUCAAGCUCAAGCUAUGAAAUGCUAUGCCUGUGGCAAACUCGGCCACAUCUCUCGCGACUGCACUGCCCCCAAUGGUGGGCCGCUGAACGCGGCAGGCAAGACCUGCUACAAGUGCGGCCAGCCAGGUCAUAUCAGCAAAGACUGCACUUCCACCACUGAAACCAAUGGUUCGGCGGUUGCUGUGACGAAUGGAACUCCUGCUGAUGCCCCUGCAGCUGCUCCUGCGGCGGAUCCCACCGAGGUCUCUGCCACCGCCGCCCCCGCCGCCGCGGUUGCGUAG